UCCUAGCAUGAAAACAUACGAAUACUUUUUAAAUUUUCGGCACUGUUGAUUGCUGUUAUUAAAUAUUACAAAAUUCCUGUGAUUUGUAAGAUAAGUGAAUAUGCACAGAACGCGUAGUAGUCAGAAACGGAGAGGUUAUGUUCGGUUCAGUAUUGACUAUACACGAUAAAUAAAUUUCAGCCUUUUUGUGAUUUCUUUAGGAUACAAGUAAUUAACAUUUACAUUAAUGUUUAUCACUUACAGAAUGUGAACAUAGUCCGGUAAUUAAAUAAAUAUAUGAUCACAGAGGUUAUGAUCAAUCUACCUGUUUCGUUAAUUUGUCUUGAAUAAUUGCUUGAUUUCGCAGAAUAGAUAUUUGUCAGUAUUUAUAGAAGGUUAAUUAACAUACAAUUAUUACUUUUCUGUUAAAACUUUAACGAUAAUACAAAGAAUUAAAAAAAAAACCAUAAGAGUGACAUCUCCGACACGCCUUAAUACGCAGCGGAAUCGCGGAGCUUACUUCACCCGAGGACCGUCUUCUAUUUGUUUUCAUUAUUUAUAAUUUGUUUACAACCCAGAGGUUUGCGAUAGUGGAAGAUGUCAGUACGAUUAACGAGAUAACCAGUUGCUCCGCCAGAGAAUCGUAAGCAAAAAGGCUCUUGUAGAAAUGCGCAUUUCAUCAUGGACUGCGACUUUAGGAAUUUUGAGGUUAACACAGAAGUGGUACGUUACCUGGUAAUGCAAAAGUUGAAACACCCGUUAAUGGUGACAGAUCAACAAAGAAUAGCGUAGAUCACUUCAAAAGGAUAUAUGUAAACAAUGUGCUUUAACGUGGCACAAAUAACAUGAAGCCAUAUGUUUUUUGGCUGGACAUUUUCCUGGUGCUGUUAACCGUUGCUGUAGGUGAAAUCGGAGAAAAUCGAUCCAGCACUUUGGGACAUAAAGGAAACACUCCUUUCCCAGAAACUCAGCCAUGUUUUCAAACUAGUCACUCGACUCCCAAUUUAUGCAAUUCGACUCGCGACCAAGUCGAAGUUAAAGUUAAAUUUUCUACAAGAAUUGUGAAAAACGAGUAUAUCGUUGCCUUUAAAGGCUACUACAAGCCUCAUACCCGAGAAAGCUACAUUGGAGCUGCAUUAAAUUCUUCCGGCAUUCGAAAUUGGAAAAUUCUUUCUCGUGACAAUCCUGCCAGUGGGUUUCCCAGUGAUUUUGACGUGGUACUUUUGGAAGAAACCGAUAAACACAAUGGUCUUAGCGCAUUAAGUGACCAUCCCCUCGUGAGAAGGGUUACUCCACAAAGACUUGUGCAUCGGACAUUAAAAUAUAUUAAUGUGUCCGAGGAUGGCGAUGCUCCUGAAUAUAGAAACUUCAGGCGGAAAAUCAAUAACUAUAACAAUCAAUAUUGGCAACCAGCAAAUCGCCAUGCAUCUCGAAGAUUAUUACGUGCAAUUCCUAGACAAAUUACAAGCAUACUACAAGCCGAUGCUCUUUGGGGCAUGGGUGUCACAGGGCGUGGUGUUAAGGUAGCGGUGUUUGACACUGGAUUGGCUGCAAAUCAUCCACAUUUUAAAAAGAUUAAAGAGCGUACAAAUUGGACUAAUGAGAAAACAUUAGAAGAUGGUCUCGGUCAUGGAACCUUUGUCGCAGGUGUCAUUGCGUCUUCUUCACGAGAUUGCCUCGGCUUUGCUCCGGACGCUGAGCUGCACAUUUUUCGCGUUUUCACGAACGCGCAAGUGUCAUAUACUUCGUGGUUUCUCGAUGCCUUCAAUUAUGCCAUUCUUGCUAAAGUUACCGUACUUAAUCUCAGCAUCGGUGGUCCAGACUUCAUGGACCACCCUUUCGUUGAUAAAGUGUGGGAACUUACAGCUAAUGGGGUUAUAAUGGUUUCUGCCAUUGGCAACGAUGGUCCAUUAUACGGUACACUGAAUAAUCCAGCUGACCAAAUGGAUGUCAUCGGGGUCGGAGGAAUCAAUUGGGAGGAUCAGAUAGCCAGAUUUUCAUCUCGUGGCAUGACGACUUGGGAACUGCCUUCUGGAUAUGGAAGAGUUAAACCUGACCUGGUUACCUACGGAUCAGGUGUUCGUGGAUCUGCUUUGCAAAGCGGUUGCAGAACUUUAUCUGGCACUUCAGUAGCAAGUCCCGUUGUUGCUGGCGCUGUAGCUUUAUUAGCUAGUGGCUUUGUGGGAUCGGAUGAUUCCCAAGCCUCGAAUCAAAAGGUAACACCAGCUAGCAUGAAACAAGCAUUGUUGGGAUCAGCACGACGAUUGCCAGGAGUGGGAAUGUUCGAACAAGGCGCAGGCAGAUUGGAUCUUCUACGUGCAUUUCACUUCUUACGGUCAUAUACUCCCAGUGCUACGUUAAGUCCCAGUUACAUAGAUUUAACGGAAUGCCAGUACAUGUGGCCUUACUGCACGCAGGCUAUCUACCAUACAGGCAUGCCAACUAUUGUUAACGUAACAAUAGUGAACGGUUUAGGUGUCUCUGGACACAUAACAAAGCUCACAUGGCAUCCGUACACUCGUGAAGGAAAUGGAGAACGCGUAGACGUUUCUUUAUCUCACAGCGAUGUACUCUGGCCUUGGUCUGGUUGGUUAGCCGUAGCUAUCACAGUUCCAUCGACAGCCAGCGAUUGGCAAGGAAUAGCUCAAGGCCACAUCUCCCUGACAAUCGAGUCUCCUCCUGGUGACGGUGAACAAGAACCCAGACGAACCACAAUCGAAUUACCAUUGAAAGCUAAGGUUAUUCCCACGCCUCCUCGACACAAACGAAUUCUCUGGGAUCAAUUCCACAAUUUGCGAUAUCCUCCUGGGUACUUCCCAAGAGACGAUCUGCGCGCCAAGAACGAUCCCCUCGAUUGGAACGGCGAUCACAUCCAUACAAACUUCAAAGACAUGUACCAACACUUGCGCAAUGCAGGUUACUACCUCGAGGUACUAGGAACUCCGUUUACCUGCUUCCAAGCGAAGAAUUAUGGUACUUUGUUAAUUGUCGACUCGGAAGAGGAAUUUUUCCCAGAAGAGGUGACGAAGUUGAAAAGAGACGUGGACGAGGAAGGUCUAUCGGUGGUGGUGUUUGCUGACUGGUACAAUGUCACUGUCAUGCGGAAGGUGAAAUUCUACGAUGAGAAUACUAGACAAUGGUGGAUACCGGAUACAGGUGGAGCCAACGUUCCUGCCCUAAAUGAUCUACUUUACCAUAACUGGGGAGUAGCUUUCAGUGACUAUGUCAGCGAUGGCCAGUUCGAACUUGGACAACAUCCUCCCGUAACAUUUGCAUCAGGAUCGACGAUAGCACGAUUUCCCAGAGAAGGAGUGGUCCUGCACGCGGAAUUGCGAGACCAAGGUCAGGAACUUCUGUCGGAGAAUGAAGGUGGCGCGACAUCGUUGGUGCCGAUCCUCGGGUUGUUGCAAGUCAAGGGCCGCGACAAAGUGCAGCAAAUUAAGGAGAUCGUCAACAACGAGAUACCGGAUCAAGCCGAAGAGGGCGACGAUGAUCACGACGCCAAAGAAAGAACGAACAAUAAGGCCGGCAGGCUGGCGGUCUACGGGGACUCGAAUUGUAUCGAUGAUAGCCACCUUCAGAAAUCUUGUUUCUGGAUGCUGGACGCCAUCUUGGAAUUCGCAACGACCGGUCAAGUGCCCUCGAUAUUCACAGAGGCGGAGCGUCGACAUAAAAAUGUUAAAACUGCGGAUCUUGGACGACUGGAGAUCGGUGAACUACCGAGACGCAUGGAAGGCAGUCAUUUGAAUCGCCAUAGCAAGGUCCUCGAAUCGGAGAGUUCUGCCGGUGGACGACUUCGUCCUUUGCCGCCAUGUCCGGUUACUGUUCCUGCCACUCCGAAUCCCCUAAAUGAUUCCGCUCCUGUGAAUCUGUAUAAGUCGCAGAAACUGCUCUCGGUGAGCGACAACGUCAUAGCAGCGGUUCCAAUCCCGCAGGACUCCGGUUCUUCCUGGAUAAGGCGACGAGGAGGUGGAGUGAACAACGUAAUUCGACAUCACUCAGGAUUGAACAAUGUCAUUGCUGGAGUGAAGAUGGAAUCCUUGGAGAACGACCGAUGGUUCCACGUGAACCAGUGGGGUUUCUUGGCAGGGAUGAUCCUCUUGGGUGGGAUUCUAUUUUAUAUGUUGAAUCGAUGGGGCUACUGCAUACCUCGACGACAUUCACGUAGAAAGAGAGCUGUGGGAAGACUGCGGAGAGUUAUUCAAGCCAUUGCUAUUCGCAGAGUGCCACAGAUGUGAGAAAUUGCAUCGGAAACCCUGGAACAGCUUAUUUUGAAUGGAACUUCCAGAAGCAUCUCGUGAAACGACGGAUAAAGUCUGUCCUUUACGUUGGAGGCACUCAGGAAUCCGUAUACAUUGUAUAGACGUGUUUCGUGUUCCUGGGCAGCGUAUUCGUGUAGUCACGUUACAGCGUUGUAGAGACUAAUUUCGAAAUCGUCGCACCAAUGAUCCAUCUUAGUCCUUGAAGCGUCUUGUAAAUUGACCAUUGAAAGAUCAGGAAAAAUCAAUCACGCGUAAUGCCGGUGUGGUGUAAUUUUAUCGAGGUUUUAUCCACGUUUUUGUAGAUGCGAUUUUUCUAUUUUUUCAUUUGCAUACAGGACUGGUCAUGAGAAAUCCUUUAGAUAGCCGUGUAUUUGUAUGACGUGAAUAAUGUACCGUUUAUUCUGGUUUUAUUUACUGCCUGGUAUUUCUACGGAGUACCUUUACUAGUACAAAUGUAAUUUCUUGUAAAAUUACAUGACACGUUAUGGGCGAUGUUGGGAUAGAAUAUUUUUUUUUUAUCUUAUGUGUUUAAAGGAGGAUGUUUUUUUAUGAUUGUUUAAGUACAGUGGAUAAUGGUGGGCUUUAUUGAAACAUUAGAACCUGCUUAAAUUCGAGUUAUGUACCUAGGUGUUUCGAGGAAAUGAUGGUCUUAGACGCAGCAAUGGAUCAAAGUACUUACUCGACUAAUUAUUUUUUUACGAGAAAGAUCGUCUUUAUGCCUCAGAAAUCUAAAUAACUGUCAGGCCCACAAUUGUGAACGAAGUUUCGAGCGUUUUGUUACUCAUGUGGCCGGAAAGAAUACAUAUUACAGCACGGAUACAUCACCUAGUGCAUCUUUUAUAAAAGGCUGUAAUAUGGACCAAAAUAAAUUAGGUAACAAAUUACCUAGAUAAGUAGAGAGUAAAUGUAUCUUACAAUUA